UGGGAACCCCAGACCACAGUACUGUUGAACAAACAAGGAAGGUGUUGUUUUUUCCUGUGGUGGCACCACAUCCUAAAAACUACUUCAUGAACAGAGCAUAAAGACUGUCCCAUGCACGUCAACAGCUUCAGUUCUUUGCAGUUGUCACAGUGACAAAACGUCCACGAUGUCGAGACCAGCACAACCGCAGGAUCUCCUGCUCAUGUUCGAUCGGCCGACUGAGCCAAUCUUCAUGCCCAAGGGAGACAACAACAAUGUUGCUUUUGAUGUUCCUCCAGCUCUCUUGGACAACCGAAUCAACGCAGAUGCAGGCCUGGUGAACAGGCUUGGUGCAGGAGAGGCCGAUCAGCAUGUUCAAGUGAAAACUAUUGCUCUGCCUGACCUAUCCAUUCCCCAGACUCUGGCCCGCGACCAGAACUUCUCUCUGUUCAUCCCAUUACACCGGAAAGCUGCAGGCCGUCUCAUCGAAAUCCUGAUGGGAAUGCGGAACAUUGAUGAUCUGGUGUCAAUGAGUGCAGCAUGCCGUGAGCGUGUGAACCCAUAUCUAUUUAAUUAUGCCCUGUCAGUGGCCAUUCUGCACCGCCCUGACACCCGUAACCUGCAGAUACCUCCACUAUUCGAGUCAUUUCCUGACAAGUUUAUGGAUGGGGCAAUCUUCAACCGGGCAAGGCAGGAGUCUGAGAUCUUCCCUUCUGGCUCCAGGCAACCACUGGAGAUCCCAGUGGACUACACAGCGUCAGACCUAGACAUAGAACACCGCCUGGCAUACUUCCGUGAGGACAUGGGCAUCAACCUGCACCACUGGCACUGGCAUCUGGUUUACCCUUUCAGUGGGCCUCGCAGUCUCGUGGACAAGGACCGGCGUGGGGAGCUCUUCUACUACAUGCACCAGCAGAUCAUUGCAAGGUACAACUUUGAACGGCUGUGCAACAGUUUGGCCCGUGUUAAACGUUUCCUCAACUGGCGAGAACCCAUAGCAGAGGGCUACUUUUCUAAGCUGGACAGUCUCGUAGCAAGUAGAAUCUGGCCUCCACGCCAUUCCAAUGCUACUAUCAGCGAUGUGAACCGAGAAGUUGAUCAGCUCCAGGUGGACAUAGCAGACUGUGAACGCUGGAGGGAUCGCUUCUAUGAUGCCAUUCAUCAAGGCAGUAUAUUGAUGCCGAACGGAAACCGCGAGUUGCUAACUGAGGAGAAAGGCAUUGACAUUCUGGGCAACCUGAUGGAAGCAAGUAUCCUGUCGCCAAACAUGAAUGUGUACGGAGAUCUGCACAACAUGGGACAUCUUCUAAUAUCGCUCUGCCAUGACCCUGAUGGGAGAAAUCUGGAAACAUUCAGUGCGAUUGGUGACCCUGCAACAGCCAUGAGGGAUCCCAUCUUCUACCGCUUGCAUUCUUUUGUGGAUGACAUGUUCCAAGAACAUAAGUCAACGCUGCCUCGCUAUGAGACAAACAAGCUUGUAUACAAUGGAAUCACUAUUCGUUCUGUGGAUGUAGAGACACCUGGUGCGCCAAAAAAUGAGCUCAGAACGUAUUGGAAGAAAGAUGAUGUGGAUCUUUCCCGGGGUAUUGACUUUACUCCACGUGGCAAUGUGUUUGCACGGUUCACUCACCUCCAGCAUACAGAUUUCACGUACAAGAUCCAGGUCGAGAACAGCACGAACAGCCCGAAGGUGGGCACAGUGAGGAUUUUCUUGGCACCCAAGUUUGACGAGCGAGGUGUCAACAUGCUUUUCCGGAACCAGAGGCUUCUGUUCAUUGAACAGGACAAAUUCACUGUCACAUUGAAGCCCAAGUCAAACACCAUCGAAAGGAAGUCAACUGAUUCUUCACUGACAAUACCAUUUGAGAGAACAUUCCGAGAGCUGCAGAGAAACAGACCAGGUGGGGGUGUUUCACUGGAACAGUUCAAUUUCUGUGGAUGCGGCUGGCCACAGCACAUGCUUCUCCCCAAGGGUACCCCAGAAGGCAUGCCCUGUGAGAUUUUUGUGAUGAUCUCCAAUUUUGAUGAUGAUAAGAUAAACCAGUCUACAGAAGGUUCAUGCGCUGAUGCUGCUAUUUUCUGCGGUAUCAGGGACAAACUGUACCCUGAUAAGCGGUCCAUGGGUUACCCAUUUGAUCGCAUGCCUCGUGACGGUGUCAACACUCUGGCAGAUUUCCUUACACCCAAUAUGUUCGUUCGGGAUGUGAGCAUCAGAUUUACAAACCAGACUGUUGGGGUGCAAGGUGGCGACGAGCCAAACCGGCUCAACUGAUGAGCAUCAACUGCUAUCUGCAACAACGGAAAUGACCAAUGCUUUGUUUAGGUUAAUGCUUCAGGACCACGGUGUUUAGAAUCACAGCCUAUGUUGUAGAGAAUACACAAGUUUGAUUCUUACUUAAAAAGUUGUCAGAAAACAUGUUAUGUUCUAUUUGCUACUCCACUGGAGUACAUAUUGUGGAAUCUGAACAUAAUUUAGUAGUUCCUUUGUGUAAUAUGUAGACUUUAUUAAAUAUAAUUUAAAACAAUAUGUUUAACUGUUUUGGAUGUUUGAUUGUUUUAUAUUCAUAAUCUUUAUCAUGUGAAAAGGGAGGCAUGUGGUGGCCUUAUCUUUUAAUUUCCUUGUGUUGUAAUUGACACCAGUUAGUUUGUGCCUGUGGUCACUUCUCCAUACAUUUUGCCUUGCUUCCCAUUUAUCCCUUUGUUAUCCUCACCAUCUGCCACUGCAACAGGCAAUACAGACUAAAACUGGACUUUUCACUUGUAGCAAAUAUGAGUAGACAUUCCAAUUGAGAAGAAUGUCUGUUGCCAAUAUUUGUUAAUUAUAGAGGCUUGUCUGUAUCUGUAUGACUUUGUAAUAUCCUGCACAUAAUAAAGAAGACAGUAGUUGCAGAGA